AUGUUUGGUGCACAUUGUGUAUCGGCCUUCGGGUUGCUGGCGGCAUUUCUUCUGCUGCUAUGCUCUCCCUUUUGCAACGCGGUGCUCAAUGCUCAGUUACUAAUGGUAUCGGACAGCUACUACCUCCAGAAAACGGGUUCAAUAUGGGCGACCCCGUCUGGAUGGUGGAGCGAACACCAGACGCCGAAGUUCUCGAGCGCUACAAGAUCUUCCGCCGGCUUGAUGCCUCUUACGCUCGGCCUGCACAAGAAAGUCGGCGCGUCUACUCGAUCCGGUAACGAACCGCUUCGUCUACGCCAUCCUGUGCGGCUCGGCGCUCCUUUAUCUAAGGACGCAAAGGUGCUGGUGCCUAGAACCUCGGGCGGCAACCCACCCACCUUUAUGAGUGCGCUGUACGUUUCGAUGGGCGCGAACCACUCGAGCGCGCAGAAGGCGUUCUACGGUAUGACUAGCGGCACUAUCUGGAACGAACUCCAUAAACGGUGUCUGGUCGUGCUCGAGCGGCUCGGAAGCCCCAAGACGAACACGCUUCCGCCCGGUGAGCUCGUGUCGAGUAUGCUGACAGAGCCCGCCGCGGGCAGCAUCUUCGACAUCGCGACGGCGACCGACUUCGAUGCCAUGCCGCGCGUCGCCUUGCUGGAAAUGGGCGUCGAUAUGGGGUUUCCCAUGCUGGGCAGGAUUAUUGCUCAGCGGUUCAAGUUGCUGCCCGGCUCGCCUCUGGUCGCGGAGUGA